GGGCAGGCGCGGCGGAGCGUGCGGGCGGCCCUGGCCCCGCGGGAGCGUGGCUGCGGCGCGCGGGGCGGGCGGCGACGGCUGGGCGGACGCCCGCCUUCGCUUGCGUCGCUGCCUCCGCGCGGGCCGCCGGCCCCGGGGAUGUGAGGGGCGCAGCUCGGCCGGCGGGGCCCGGAGGCCGGCCGCGGACGCUCCACCCACUUUGGCCUAGACCCAGCCUCCAAGGGCUAAAAAUAUUGCCCGGAGGCUUCUGAGCGGAAUCAGAUCGUGCUAAGUAGGGCACGACGCACAGAGGCGACAGAGCUCCUCGGCCCCAGGGCGGGAGCCAGUCUCCGGAGCGGCGGUUCCGCCCACGCUCGGCCCAGCAGCUAGCGGCCUCCCUAGACCCGAGCAGGCAAGUGGGGGCCCCGCGGGCGGUGGCAGCGGGCACUGGCCCUCUGAAGUUGCCCCACAGCGGAGCAGCUGUGCUCAGCAUCUCCCUAGCCAGGGGACCUUGGGCACCAAUCACUGCUGGCUUCCCAGGGGGUCCGCCAGGUGCUCUAGAAGCGAAGGCUGAAAGUUACCCACUGCAGGAAUCGGAACUAGCCGGGAGAAGACUGCAGGGCCCGCUGGAUGUUAGAAACAAGCUGCUCUUGCAGCUUUGUAAACUCAUUCUGUUUUUCUUAAUGAGAGACGUGCUGUGCCAGGCACUCUCUGCUGAGCAUCGGUCUGAUCCAAGAGGAAGAAAGGUUUCCCUCUCCGUUUCCUUAAAUUCAAACUAAAUCCCAGUUUAGUCCUCUGAAACCAGAAGCACGUGGCCAAGCAGGCUGGACACCCACCUCCUUUGACUGGCUGUGUCCUUCCUGUAGGCAAGCUCUACGGGAAGCUAGUCAUAAUCAGGAGGUUGUGUGGUGCACUCUGGAGUCAGAGCUGGGACGUUUGUUAUCCAGUCGUGUUACCCUGGGAAGGAGCAUCCUCUGCAUCCUAGGGGCUGAGCUGCCACCAGGACCAGGCAGGACGUGCUUCAGAUGUGCUCCUCGCGCUUUCCAGUGUCUCAGCCAAGAGAGGAGGCUCCACAGCCAAUGGUGGGAUUUGGUGCUUAGAAACUCGCUUUUCUUCGGAGUCAGGCAAAUAGGUGUUCCUUGAGAGUAGCACUCAGGAACUCUUUGGGGCAUUUGGUGGAAAGACCAACAAAGGGAUUUUGCCUGCUGGAGCCGCAUAUGGUGUCCCUCCUGCCAGGUGUGUGGAGGCCAGCAUGAAGCUGAAAAAGCAGGUGACAGUAUGUGGGGCCGCUAUCUUCUGUGUGGCCGUCUUCUCGCUCUACCUCAUGCUGGACCGAGUGCAGCAUGAUCCCACCCGUCACCAGAAUGGCGGGAACUUCCCCCGGAGCCAAAUUUCUGUGCUGCAGAACCGCAUUGAGCAGCUGGAGCAGCUGUUGGAGGAGAACCAUGAGAUCAUCAGCCACAUCAAGGACUCGGUGCUGGAGCUGACAGCCAAUGCGGAGGGCUCGCCCGCGCUGCUGCCCUACUACACGGCCAAUGGCUCCUGGGUGGUGCCCCCAGAGCCCCGGCCCAGCUUCUUCUCCAUCUCCCCUCAAGACUGCCAGUUUGCUUUGGGGGGCCGGGGCCAGAAGCCAGAGCUGCAGAUGCUGACCAUAUCAGAGGAGUUGCCCUUCGACAACGUGGAUGGCGGCGUGUGGAAGCAAGGCUUCGACAUCUCCUACAGCCCGCACGACUGGGACACUGAAGCCCUGCAGGUGUUUGUGGUGCCUCACUCCCACAAUGACCCGGGCUGGAUCAAGACCUUUGACAAGUACUACACAGAGCAAACCCAGCACAUCCUCAACAGCAUGGUGUCCAAGCUGCAGGAGGACCCCCGGCGGCGCUUCCUCUGGGCAGAAGUCUCCUUCUUUGCCAAGUGGUGGGACAACAUCAAUGCCCAAAAGAAAGCAGCAGUCCGCAGGCUGGUGGGAAACGGGCAGCUGGAGAUUGUGACAGGAGGCUGGGUGAUGCCGGACGAGGCCAACUCCCAUUACUUUGCGCUCAUUGACCAGCUCAUUGAGGGACACCAGUGGCUGGAGAGAAACCUCGGUGCGACCCCGCGCUCUGGCUGGGCAGUGGACCCCUUUGGACACAGCUCCACCAUUCCUUACCUGCUGCGCCGUGCCAACCUGACCAGCAUGCUGAUCCAGAGGGUGCAUUACGCCAUCAAGAAGCACUUUGCUUCCACCCACAGUCUGGAGUUCAUGUGGAGGCAGACCUGGGACUCGGACUCCGACACGGACAUCUUCUGCCACAUGAUGCCCUUCUAUAGCUAUGAUGUGCCCCACACCUGUGGCCCGGAUCCCAAGGUCUGCUGCCAGUUUGACUUCAAACGCUUGCCGGGCGGACGCAUCAACUGCCCCUGGAAGGUGCCACCCCGGGCGGUCACAGAGGCAAACGUGGCCGAGAGGGCCACGCUGCUUCUGGACCAGUACCGGAAGAAGUCUCGGCUGUUCCGAAGCAAUGUCCUCCUGGUGCCGCUGGGGGACGACUUCCGAUACGACAAGCCCCAGGAGUGGGAUGCCCAGUUCUUCAACUACCAGCGGCUCUUUGACUUCCUCAACAGCAAGCCCGACCUCCACGUGCAGGCCCAGUUUGGCACCCUCUCUGACUAUUUUGACGCUCUGUACAAGAGGACCGGGGUGGAGCCAGGGGCCCGGCCUCCAGGGUUCCCUGUGCUGAGCGGGGAUUUCUUCUCCUAUGCGGACCGGGAGGACCAUUACUGGACCGGCUAUUACACUUCCCGGCCCUUCUACAAGAGCCUGGACCGGGUCCUGGAAGCCCACCUGCGGGGGGCAGAGAUCCUGUACAGCCUCGCUGUAGCUCACGCCCGCCGCUCUGGACUGGCUAGCCGGUACCCGCUCUCCAACUUCGCCCUCCUGACGGAAGCCCGGCGCACUCUGGGCCUCUUCCAGCACCACGAUGCCAUCACCGGCACGGCCAAGGAGGCCGUCGUGGCAGACUACGGCGUCAGGCUCCUGCGCUCCCUUGUCAACCUGAAGCAGGUCAUCAUCAAUGCAGCUCACUAUCUGGUGCUGGGGGACAAAGAGACCUACCACUUCGAUGCCGAGGCACCCUUCCUCCAAAUGGAUGACACCCGCUUAAAUCACGAUGCCCUGCCAGAGCGCACAGUGAUCCAGCUGGAUUCCUCACCCAGGUAUGUGGUGCUCUUCAACCCCCUGGAACAGGAGCGGCUCAGCGUGGUGUCCCUGCUGGUCAGCUCGCCCCGGGUGCGUGUCCUUUCAGAGGAGGGUCAGCCCCUGGUGGUGCAGAUCAGUGCACACUGGAGCUCUGCCACCAACAUGGUCGCUGAUGUCUACCAGGUGUCUGUGCCCAUGCGCCUGCCGGCCCUGGGCCUCGGCGUGCUGCAGCUGCAGCUGGGCUUGGACGGGCACCGCACCCUGCCGUCCUCCGUGCGCAUCUACUUGCAUGGCCGGCAGCUGUCCGUCAGCAGGCAGGACGCGUUCCCUCUGCGCAUCAUCGACUCGGGCGUCAGUGACUUCGCCCUCAGCAACCGCUACAUGCAGGUCUGGUUCUCAGGCCUCACCGGGCUCCUCAAGAGCAUCCGAAGGGUGGACGAGGAGCAGGAGCAGCGGGUGGACGUGGAGUUCCUCAUCUAUGGCACCCGUGGGUCCAAAGACAAGAGUGGAGCCUACCUCUUCCUGCCUGAUGGGGAGGCCCAGCCCUACGUCCCCAAGGAUCCCCCCGUGCUGCGUGUCACCGAAGGCCCUUUCUUCUCCGAGGUGGUUGCCUACUACGAGCAUGUCUGCCAGGUGGUCCGGCUUUAUAAUCUGCCAGGGGUGGAGGGGCUGUCUCUGGACAUGUCAUCCCUGGUGGACAUCCGCGACUAUGUCAACAAGGAGCUGGCCCUGCGCAUCCACACAGACAUUGACAGCCAGGGUGCCUUUUUCACGGACCUCAAUGGCUUUCAGGUGCAGCCCCGGCGCUACCUGAAGAAGCUGCCCCUGCAGGCCAACUUCUACCCCAUGCCAGUCAUGGCCUACAUCCAGGACGCACACAACCGCCUCACGCUACACACCUCCCAGGCCCUGGGGGUCUCCAGCCUGCACGAUGGCCAGCUGGAGGUGAUCCUGGACCGACGGCUGAUGCAGGAUGACAACCGGGGUCUGGGCCAAGGGCUCAAGGACAACAAGAGAACCUGCAACCAUUUCCGCCUCCUGUUCGAGCGGCGAACCCUGGGCAGUGAGGUCCAGGAUGGCCGCUCCACCAGCUACCCGUCCCUCCUCAGCCACCUGACCUCCAUGUACCUGAACACCCCAGUGCUUGCCCUGCCUGUAGCCAAGAGGCAGCUCCCGGGCCCCAGUCUGCGCUCCUUUCAUCCCCUGGCCUCCUCUCUGCCCUGUGACUUCCACCUGCUCAACCUGCGUACGCUGCAGGCCGAGGAUGACGCCUUGCCUUCGGCGGAAACUGCGCUCAUCUUACACCGCAAGGGGUUCGACUGUGGCCUUGAGGCCAAGAACUUGGGCUUCAACUGCACCACAAGCCAAGGCAAGGCGGCCCUGGGGAGCCUCUUCCACGGCCUGGACGUGGGUUUCCUGCAGCCGACCUCCCUGACGUUACUGUACCCUCUGGCCUCAGCCUCCAACAGCACUGACGUCUAUCUGGAGCCCAUGGAGAUCGCCACCUUCCGCCUCCGCUUGGGCUAGGGCUUCCUGUGGCCUGAAGAGAAAGUUCAUCCACAGAGACUGCCUCUUACACGAGGUCGGGUGGGACAAACCGGAUGGGUAUCCUGUCCCGAUCUACCUCUCGGAACUGUGACACGCUGGGCUCCGCCCUCAUUUUCUGUUUAUCGUUGCUUCUGUGCCCGGUGGCAGUCCCAGGCCCCGUGUCGGGUAGACAGGGCAGACACCAGUGAGAUCGUGACAAGAGGGCCCUGGGUCAGAGUGCGCGGUGCCGGCCUCAGCUUUGGGUUAUGAGUGGCGCCCAGUUGGGCACAGGCUCAAGCACCCAUCAUUGUCCCAUAAUGGGAUGGAGGAGAAGCAGGGUCAGAACAGGUAGGGGAGGCUGAGUGGGUAGCAGCCCAGCGCCGGGGUCACUGGAGGCAGGACCUGGCUCUAGGGGGACCCUCCGGUUACGGAGGGACUGCUUGUCCGGACGUGACCAGCAGGAGCUGAGUGACGGCUGGGAGGAGGGGGAUGGGGACCCAGAGUUAGCACUGGGGCAGCAGAGGAAUCCCUGCUUUCUGUGACGGUUCCGCCCUAAGAGCUCCCUGGCCUCCCCGGCUCGGGGCUGUGGGGUGGCAGGAAGGACUCGCAGAGACCAUGUCAUGGCCAGAGCUCAGAGGAUGCUUCAGAUACCAAACCUCCCCCCCACCUCAUCGCGGGCGCUUGGUCUGUGUGUGUUGAUGUGUGGGAUGGUGGCAGGGACGUGGGGGUCCUCCAUCCUCCCUGACCCCUCUUUGGUUCCCGAACUCUGGACACCACUGUCCUCGGGAGCUCCUUCCCAUCCUGGGGGCAUUUGGUCUGGCACACCUCCUUUCCCUGGAGAGAAAGUGGAGCCUCCAAGCGCCCAUAAGUGCGAGCAAUUUGAGAAGGCUUUCAGCCCCAUCCCUACGUGGGGGGUUCAUCCUUCUACAGAAGUGUUUGACUCCUGGCACGGGGACUGGGGAUACAUAGCGUACAUUAGGGAGUAUGGCUGCUCAUCAGCCUUCAUUUCAGCUUCGAUUAAUAGAGAAAAGUUUCUGAUCGUCUCUAUAGACGCUGAAACGAUAUUUGGUAAAGUUUAAGAUCUAUCCCUUAUUAAAAAUCUUAGUAAGUUAAGAUUACAAAGAGACGUCCUCAUCUAGAUAAAAAAUCUCUAUCACAAACCAGCAGUUAAUGACAUUCUAAAGAACCACAAGCAUUCCCAUACAAGUCGGAAACUAGGGCACUCGUUAGCAGUGUCCCGGCACUGUCACCCCCGCAGGAGAGCAGGGGAAGGAGAGGAAGUUACAACUGUCAUUAUUUGCAGACGAUAGCAUGGCCGACCUACAAAAUCUAAGAGAGUCAGCAGGAGACCUACUAAGAUCAUUCUGUAAGCGGACACAGACGGUAGACAUGAUGCUCCUGGAAAGAUCUCGGUUCUCUCUGAAUCAACCCAUAAAUUCAGUGUAUUCCAGCAUGGUUGGAUACUUUGGGAAUUUGAUAAGUUCUCAAGUUCAUGUGGAAGAGUAAAUAUGUGAGAAUACUAAAUUCUGAUGCUGGUGAGUCAGGGGCGGGGAGCGCUGAGGGGGUAAAGGACUGCCCAGGAGUGGCCCCUGUGACCUGGGGUGGGCUCGGACAGACAGGCUCAUGGAACAAAAGGCAGAGUCCAGAAGCAGACCCCCAGGUAGACAGGAACUUAGUAGGAUAAAAGGAGUAUUUGAAGUGGGGGAAAAAGAUGGAUUGUUUAAUAAAUAGGGGUUUAAGACAACUGGCCCUCAAAGUAAGAGUUAGAUCUGUAAUUCACAGUUGCCACAAAAAUUAGUUCGAGGGAAGAAACCAAAAAACUUGCAACUACAAAAUUACUGAAGGAAAUACAGGAGAUUAUUACAUUUCUGGUGUGGGAGGCUCUGUUUUAAACAUAACACGAAACCUAAAAGAUCUAAUAAGGGAAAAGAUAAACAGAUUUUACCACCCCAAAAUAUUGAAAGUUUGUGUAUGAUGGAAAACAUCAUGGUUACAACACAAAUGACUGACUGGGAGAAAAUGUUUGCUGCACUUCCAAUAUUGAUGAGUUAAUUACUCCAGGAGAAAAGCUUGCUUUGGGGUCCUUGGAGAGGGUCCCCCGGGCCUGCUCAGUCACUCCCCGAACAAGAGUUCUUCCAGAUCAUCCAGGGCUGUUGUUGCCAGCGUCGGGCCAGGGCACAUGGAAGCCCAUCUAAAUCGUUGUGGAAGAAAUAAGAUUACCAAUGUGAGGUGCUCAGCACAGAGUGCCCGGUACCUAGAGGAGCUUAAUAAAUAGGAACUGUAAUCUUAUUAGUAAAGGACGCUAAGCAGUUAUAUCACAGUAGGUGGUAUUUGCUAGUAUCACGUGACUUGUAAUCAAAUGAUAAGGGAGACUCUGUGAACCGCGCCCCCCAGAAAUGAGCAGAAUAAAGGCUCUUACCUUUGGA